UCUAUGACGAUAAAAGCCAGCAACGAGGGGAAAGGAAAGCAAUUCAGCUCAUCUAGCUCACAGAAGGGAUACGAGGAAGAUCGUCUGCUUGCGACGAUGGACAUGUAGACAGGAAGAGCCCGAGCAGAGACGAGAGAUGACGAGAGGAAAGUGGUGAAGAUAGUCGUGCACCUCGGCUGAGACACGGUCGUCGUCGACUAGCUUCUCUAGCUCCGCUCCGGCGCGCGCGCGUCGAGGAGGACCGACACAGCUUCGCGUCAUGUGGACCCGUGUACGGGGAGAGGAAAGGUCGCAACGUGUGCUAGAAAUCCGGAUGCGAAGAUUCGGUACUUCACCUACGCCAGGCGUGAUAUCUUCCUGCCCCAACCCCCUCCCCCUAAUGCCCUUCUCCAUAGUAUGAAGCCGACGACCGGCAACCGUUUCCCAACUAGACGAAGGAAGACGAUGACGUUCUAUCCGCCGGCCGACACGUUGGUUUGCAGCCAUACAUUAGCGUCGGAUCACAUGAAUCGACGGUCCGCACGCCGUCAUUUCGGCAGUUGGGCGAGAGCAUCCUAAUAAGAAGCGAGAAAGCAGAAAGACACAACGACAGGGUAGGGAAAGGGGAUGGGACACUCAACUCACCAGGGAGGUGUCGAGGGAUGCGACAGGGCAGCGGAGGGAAGCACGAUCCCUGAUCAGAUCGUUGUGUACGCAUUGUAUAGGUGGACAUUGGGGGAGACAUACGAUAGCAACACGUGUAACUUCGGUAUCGGCAGAGCAUCAGGUUUGAUGGCGGUGCGGGACGUGACUGCGAUGUUGCUGACGGUCUACCGUGAGAAGAUAUCAUGGUCGAUGGGGGUGCGCAAGUCGGUUGUCCUUUGUGCUUUCGUUGGCAAGGGGUUCCCCAGUUGCCAUGGAUGCAUCGGUUGCACGCAUAUCUACAUCGACAAGUCAGGAAACGCCCCUGGCGAGGACUACUAUGAUCGGAAACGGCGUUUCUCGAUCAUUACGCAGGGUAUCGCCGAUCUCAACUUGCAUGUGUUGGAGGUCUUUGUCGACUAUCCUGGAAGUUGUCACGGCGUGAGGAUCAUCCAUCAAUCGAGUAUAUGGGCGAGUGCAGAGGCUGGGGAACGUUUCACGGGACUGCCUGUGAUGCUGUCAUUCGACGUCCACACGAACAACUACCUGCUGAGUGACAAUGAUUACCCACCCUCCGAAUGGAUAGUUGUUCCCUAUGGCUGCACUACUCAUAACCCAUCGGAGAUGCGGUUCGACAACAACCAGAAGACCACAAGGGGGGCAGUUGAGAGGGUCUUCGACAGACUGAAGGAGAUGUGGAGGUUGUUCCUGCGUUCGCACAAGACGAACAUGGAGACAUUGCUGCAACAGUUUUUUGUUGUCUUCAUUCUCCACAACCUAUUCAUCGAUGCUGGCAUCCCGUUUGAUAACAAUAUGUUGUGGGAGGUGGAUGCGAACGGAGUGUGCCAUCAUGUGCAUCUCGGAAUCCAACGUUCUUUGAGGCCGGUGUGCAUGGAGACUUCGACAGGAGAUGCACUGAUUCUGAAGGACGCACUGGCGGAGAGAAUGAGUGGUCUCUCACGACGAUCGACAGGGGAGUGAUCGUGACGGCGGACCAGAGGUGAAGUUUGUUCACCCAAUCUGUUUUGAUAGUGUCGUAUGUUAAUC